AUGCGCUUCGCUAUCUGGCAGCUCGUCCGUCAGUUAUCCCUCGCCGUGCCGGUCGUCCUGACGGUUCACGACAACGUCGUCAGCAUGUGCGGCGUGGAUGGCCACUCCAUGUCGCCCACCUUCAACCCGCUACGUGACAAAACCGGCCUGCCAUUCCGUGCCGCCCUUAGCGAUCGCGUGCUAUUAGACAGGCUGUCGGCGCGUUACAUGCAGUACCAGCGCGGGGACGUUGUGGUGCUCAGGUGA